AUGAUCGCAUAUAAUCUCGGUGGCAAUGCCUUCUUCUGCGCCUGGCAUGCUCUGCUCACCAUUACUCAAUCUGCCCUGGCCAUCCGGUACCAGACAUGGGGUUUCAGUUUCGCAAUGUGCUGCGGGACCAUUCUGGAAGUUCUUGGUUAUGUCGCCCGCAUCCUACAACACCACGGGGAGGACGCCUUCGUCAUGGACGUUGUCUGCAUUACGAUCGCCCCCGCAUUCUUCUCCGCCGCCGUGUACCUAAGUCUUGCAAGAAUCGUCACCGUCUAUGGCGAACGAUUCUCACGUAUCAAACAACGGACAUACACGAUUACCUUCAUGAUAGCGGACUUUGUAUGUCUGUUGCUGCAGGCCAGCGGAGGAGGCACCACGCAGAGUGACGAUCCAGAAGUGAGAGACACCGGUCUCCGCCUCAUACAGGCCGGUCUCGCCGCACACCUGGCGGCAAUGACUGCCUUCAUCGUCCUGGCAACUGAUUUCGGGUGGCAUACGCGUAAGGGACGUGGGGGGUGGAAUCCAGACUUCGCCCAUCUGCACCAGUCGCGGUUAUGGAAGAGGUACCUGAUCGCUCUGACGACGGGCACCGUCUGCAUCUGGAUCCGCACCGCCUUCCGGGUGGUGGAGCUCAGCCAGGGCUUCUCUAGUACCAUCGCACAGAACGAGCCAGCCUUCUUCGUGCUCGAGAGCAGCAUGAUUUUGAUCGGUGCUACUGCACUAACAGUGCUGCAUCCCGGACUCGGCUUCCGAGGUCGGUGGACGAACGCGAACUUCACACUGAGGGGCACAAAAGUCAAAGAAAGCCGGGGGCAGUUGGUUGAGCUGAGAAGUCAGAAGCCAUAG